GUUCGACUCCACCACCACAAACGGUGCUGAAGCUUCGAAUGCCCAAGCAAGAGGUGAAGGCAGAGCAGCCACAUGUCGCACCAGCCACUGGACACAAGGUCGCUGCAGCCUUGCCGGUGCAGCCUGUUGUGGACACAGUCAUCACAGCAUCACCUGUUGACCCUGCAACAGCAGAUACCCAGGUGGAUGCCGACAUGCAGCAAGCCAACCUCACUGCCUGUGCUGAUGCAGAGAUGCCCCCGGCUGUGGAGACACCUGCUCAUGAGCAGGGUGAUGUGGACAUGGGACCCCCAGCAGCCGAGACAGCCCCCACGCAGACAGAGAUGCCUCUUGAUCAGCACUGUGAUGUAGACAUGCCCCCUGUGUGCACAGAGAUGCCCCCACCAUCUACGACGCCCGUGAAGCCUAAGCCAUCCGGUGCUAUAGACAGUACACAGCAGGAGCAGACACCACUCGAUCCACCCGAGCCAUCCGAUGCUGUAGACAGUACACAAUUGCAGACACCAGUCGAUCCGCCCAAGCCAUCCGAUGCUGUAGACAGUACACAAGAGCAGGCACCAGUCGAUCCACCCAAGCUGUGUGAUGCUGUAGACAGUACACAAGAGCAGGCGCCAGUCGAUCCACCCGAGCUGUGUGAUGCUGUAGGCAGUACACAAAUGCAGGCACCAGUCGAUCCACCCAAGCUGCGUGCGGAUGAAGAGACCAGUGUUGCGGCCCAGCCCCGUAUGCGACAUGCUGACACAAUGAGUACCAUGGUCCUGGGGCAAUGGAGUCGAGAGGACUUGAGCGAGGCUAUGCAGGAUGAACCCAAACCAAGCUUGGUGGCAGCCCUUGGUGUGAAAUACUUUGGCAUGUUUCAUGGGGCAGAUGAAAGUAUGGAUGCGGCCGAGAUGGCCGAGGCUUCUAGCUUGCUGACGUGGGCAGGUCAUGUUCUUGGUCCCAGCUGCAAUUCCGAGACGCGUGAAGUGUCCUUGGCAGCAGCAGAGGAAAUGGCAGGGGAAACCAUUCGGGGUACGGCUCUCUUGCCCCACGAGACCAAGCUCUUCCUAGCCCCGGCUGUUGAAAGCGUGAAUGAGGCACUGUCUCGAAUCCGUGAGUUCAAUGGUCUCGAGGAAUCAGUGCGAUCGGGACAAGAAGCUGUUCAUCAACAAGUUGAGAAAACACGAACUGCCCUAAGCCAGCAACAUGCAAAGGGAGACAUUUCCGAGGAUGUGCACACGCAAAAGCUCAAGGCCGUGGAUGCAUGGUGCACGAAAAAGGAACAGGAGCUCUAUGAGAAGCUACAGGCCAAGGAAGACGAGGUAUGUGCCAAGAUCAAUGCAGCGAUUGUAUUGAUUUUGAAGGCCUGGGACAACCUGAAGCCUCAGCCGGCACUCUUGGAAAGGAUUGACGAGAAUGGUGAGCAGCCUAUGGAGGUGGAUGAUCUGGAACAAGAGAUGAUGGCAGAGCUGGAUGCCCAGCUGUUGGCUACAACCUUGCACGACAAGGCCUAUAAUGACGUAUACCUGACAACCCCAAACCCCAAACCCCCAAACCCCAAAACCCCAAAACCCUAA